AACGUCAUUUGAGUAACCUCAACUCCACGUUGUUUCUUUCCGUGACUGAUUUCAGUAUUUCUAUUUAUUAAAAUUAAUUUAAACAUGUCUGGGGAAGUAAUCAACGAAGUUAACAAUUUGCAACUUGACGAAAAAGCCAAAAGCGAUGUCGACGACGAUUUUGUAGAUCCAUGGAAUGUAGUGAGUACAUCUGAAAAAGGCAUUGACUACGACAAACUAAUAAACAAAUUCGGUUCAAGUAAAAUAGAUAAAGAGCUGUUGGAUCGUUUCGAGAAAGUAACAGGAAAGCAAGUUCAUCAUUUUUUGCGCCGAGGGAUUGUAUUUUCACACAGAGACAUGCAUUCCAUUUUAACAUUGUAUGAGAGUGGUAAACCUUUUUAUUUGUAUACUGGGAGAGGACCGUCUUCUAACUCUAUGCAUGUGGGGCAUCUUGUACCUUUUAUGUUUUGCAAAUGGUUGCAAGAUAUUUUUAACGUACCUCUAGUCAUCCAGCUGACUGAUGAUGAGAAAUUUUUGUGGAAAGAUCUGAAAAUGGAGGAGGUUCAUAAAAUGACCAUUGAAAACGCUAAAGAUAUCAUUGCUGUGGGAUUUGAUCCAGAGAAAACGUUUAUGUUUUCAGAUCUCAAUUACAUUGGCCAAUGUCGUGAAUUUUACCAAAACAUGGUGAGGAUCCAACGCUGCGUCACUUUCAACCAAGUGAAAGGCAUUUUCGGCUUUGACGACAGUUCUGUUAUUGGCAAAGUCGCUUUUCCGGCAGUUCAAGCAACCCCAGCUAUCUCAACAUCAUUUCCUCACAUUUUCAAAGGAAAAAAGAUCCCGUGUUUGAUCCCAUGUGCUAUAGAUCAGGACCCUUAUUUUAGAAUGACGCGAGACGUAGCACCUAGGAUAGGAUUUAAAAAACCUGCUCUCUUACAUUCUACAUUUUUCCCAGCUUUACAGGGAGCUCAAACUAAAAUGUCAGCCUCUGACCCCAACUCAACCAUUUAUCUAAAUGAUACACCCAAACAAGUGAAAAAUAAAAUAAACAAACAUGCAUUUUCUGGGGGGCAAAGUACCGUUGAGGAACACAAAAAGCUAGGAGGAAACUGUGAUAUUGACAUUUCUUAUCAGUAUUUGACUUUCUUUUUGGAAGAUGAUGGGAAGCUUGAACAGAUUAGGAAAGACUACACAAGUGGGGCGCUGCUGACUGGAGAAUUAAAAAAAAUACUUAUUGACACAUUGACGCCAAUUGUAACGCAACAUCAAGAACGCAGAGCGAAAAUUACAGACGAUAUUAUAAAACAGUUUAUGACGCCAAGAGAAUUAGCAUUUAAUAUUUAAUUGUUGCUUAUUUACUAUUACAUUUAUCUUUAUUUUCUUUGUAAGAUUAUGAGCACAAUUAUAAAGUAAAAUAAAUUUUGUUGACCAC